AACGGUAAUUAUAAAUGAAAUAGAAACAUUAAAAGCCAAAUAUAAGCGUUCUGGUAGGAAAAAUACUGAGGUACCUCAGUGGGUUCAUGAUGAUCGAUUAUCAUCUUCCGCUGGUACUAUAAUUGAAUAUGAAGAAAUGGUCAUUCAAUUUGGAUUUAUUUCAUUAUUUGGACCCGCUUUUCCGUUAGCCCCUUUGUUUGCUUGGUUAAAUAACAUUACUGAGAUUAGAUCUGACGCUUUUAAAUAUAUUGUAGAAACACAAAGACCAGUAGGCUUCUUAACCCAAGAUAUUGGAAUGUGGGAAAAUAUUUUAAACAUUAUAGCUUUUAUGGCAGUAUUAACAAAUGCCAUAAUUAUUGCAUUUCAUUCUACAUGGAUGAAACACUAUCUUCAAAACAUUAUUAGCAACCCUAAUGAUGAAUUUGAAUUAUUGGUUGCCAGGUUGACUUUCAUAAUGAUUUUUGAGCAUGUAUUUUUUUUGAUACAACUAUUUAUUGCAUAUAUAAUACCUGAUAUUCCACGUACUGUUCGAUUAGCAACAGAAAGAGAGAAAUAUUUAGUAAAAUUGACAAUGGAAGAUACAUUACCCGCUUUGGAUGAAUUUUUAUCAACCAAUGAUGAGACUGAUAGUUCAUUAUUUGAUCCUAGUGGUGAAUUAAAAUUGCCAAAAUACACAAUUGAUGAGGGUAUUAUAGCUAGAAGUAGAUCAGGAUUCAAAUAUGGAAUUGAAGGUAUUGGAAGGAGUAUAAGAGAUACAGGUAAGGUUGUUGGUGGAGCUGUUAGCAAUGUUGAAGAAAUUGCUGGAGGCGUUAUUAGUGAUGUAGGUGCCGCUGUUAGUAGCAUGAUUGGUACAACUGACAAUGCUGAAAAAGAUCAGCAAGAAAAAAAGUGA